AUGUUUUCCGCAAAACCUUCAACCGGCCUGUCCAUAAACACCAAUUCCGCCAAUUCACUUUUUGGCGGAUCUAAUGCUCAAACUACAUCGUCUACCGCUACACCAGGGACAACGAGCACGUCGGGAGGUUUGUUUGGAAACUUGGGAGGCGUCAAUGCGCAGUCAAAGCCAGCGGGCGGCCUUUUUGGAAACCUUGGGGGCGGGAACACGCAGCAAUCUUCAACUACUGGGUCAAGUCUGUUCUCCGGCUUAGGUGGACAACAGCAGAAUACUACUAAUACUACUGCUACUGGCGGCGGCCUGUUUGGAGGCUCUACACCGGCCAGCUCGCAACCUGCGACUGGUGGGCUCUUUUCGGGGACUACAGGCGCGGGCACCACCACGACCCAGAGUGGAGGUACUGGUGGAGGGUUGUUUGGGUCCACGACCCAGGCUCAGCCCAAACCACUAUUCGGCGGUCUGGGGGCUUCUACAACAACUGGGGGCGGCCUCUUUGGUGGCGGCAACCAGACCAACAUACAACAGCAGCAACAACAAGCACAGAAGCCCACGCUAUCUCUCUUUGGGAAUCAAAAUGUCGCGCCCCAACAGUCGACACAACAAACAGCCACAACCGGAACAGUGGUUCCCGGGGUCAAGGUAGAUCUCAGCAACCUCUUACCAACGACGAAGUACGAGAGUUGCGCCGACGAAAUCAGAUCGGAGUUGGAGAAAUUUGACAAUUACGUCCUCCUUCAAAUCAAGCUGUGUAACGAGGUUUCCAACAUGCUUCCUACAAUUGCGGGCCAGGCCGAGACGAUUCCAAAUGAUGUGGAUUUCGUUCAAGGCAAACUGGAAACCAUUCAGCAUGCGCUGGAGAACGAUGCUCGCGAUAUUGAUCAACUGCGCAGCCUGGUGUCUCGCGAUGCAGCGGAGGCACAAGUGGCAUUCAGAGCUAUCGAUACAUUAAAAUUACCCUUGCAAUAUCAAUCUGCGGGAGCCGCAGGGUGGUGGUCAGCCCAGGACCAGAAGGGGUCAGAUCGCCAGGCGUUGCGAUCCACGCGCAAGAAUACUCUCGCUCUUCCGGACGACGUCGAGACUGACCCGACGUCUGCCACUUCCAUCAAUGGUGUGCCAGUGAACCUUGUCGACUAUUUUUCUCAGCGCUCUGACGAAAUGGGUACGGUUCUUGAACGAUAUACCCGCAAUUUGAAGGAGAUUGAAGACCACCUUCAUGGUAUCGAGCUUUCGCUUAACCGCCAGAUUCAGGAAUUUGUGGCUUCACGAAGUCGAGACGGUGCGGCCAUUGGAACCCAAAAAUCGAAGCUCAAUGAUCUUGCAGCGGCGCUUGGAGAUGUGGAGAACGGUAUACUUGGUGUUGCCGGUAGACUCGGUGCGGUCACGGAGCAGGUGCAGGAAGUGGUGUUGGGUCCGCCAUCAGGAGGAGAUGGUAGGCUUAAUUAA